AUGGACUGUGGAUGGAUAUCUUCAAUGACUAAAAUAUUACAAUCAAAUGAAUCUCCUACGGGACAAGCAAUUACUGACAAUGAUUUAUCUUGGAUAGCCAGUUCUUUAAGUAUAGCAGCAAUUUUUGGAAUUUCAUGGAUCAUAAGACUGAGCUAUCCGACCACCAUUACUUUGAUUCUAUCAAGAGUUUUAUCAGGUCUAUCAGCUGGUGGAUGUUUUAUUAUAGUUCCAAUGUACGUCAAAGAAAUAAGCCAAGAUGAUAUAAGAGGAGUCCUAGGAACAUUGGUUAUAUUACUACAAACAACAGGUUUACUCUUCAUGUACGUAAUUGGUACAUAUUUGAGUUAUUUCACAGUUACAGUGAUUACCUUAUCUAUAUCUAUUGCUGCUACAAUAUUGGUGUUUAAAGCUCCCGAAUCACCAGCUUUUCUUGUGAAGCUAGAAAAAUACGAGGAAGCAGCAGAAACCGUCGCAUAUCUUAGGGGUCUUGAUAAAAACGACAAAACUGUCCAAAAUGUACUGGAUUGCAUGAAAGAUGAAGAAGCCUUAUUCAAAUCAUUGCCAAAUAUUACUUUUGCCAGUAUCUUCAAGAACAGGACCUGGCGUCGCGCGCUGUUUCUUAUUACUGCAACAUUCGUGUUUCACGCUUUGAAUGGAACCUAUGUCAUUGUAACUUAUGCUUCGACUAUUCUAAUUUCCACUGGAGUUAAAUUCGAAAUCAGUCCAGAAGUACAGACUUUUAGUUUUCCCAUAUUUAUGAUUGUGGGUUCGUUGUUACUCGCAGCCAUCGUCGAGAAGGUCGGAAGAAAGCCUUUGUUGAUAGGUUCAUUUCUAAUAACAGCCAUUUGUAUGGCCCUUAUAGUAAUAAUGAUGAUAUUACAAGAACGAGGUUGGAAUGUACCAUCAUGGUUGCCAGUUUUAGCCAUUGUUAUGGCAGUCUCAAUGUAUGGUGCUGGCGUAUCUCCUUUACCAUAUAUUAUAAUGACAGAGAUGUUUAGUUUUCAAAUUCGAGCGAAAGCAAUGGGCAUGAUUGUCACUGUCGCCUGGUCUUUUACUGCUGUCUUAGUAAUAUCAUAUACACCAAUGAAUAAUUACAUAGCGCCUUACGCGCCAUUCAUAUUAUAUGCUGUUAUUAAUUUCUUGGGUUCCAUUUUCACCUUACUUUUCAUCCCGGAAACGAGAGCAAAAACCGAAGAACAAAUAAAUACUCUUUUAGAAAAUGGAAUGAAUGCCAAAAAUAGGCAUAAAUGA